GCUCUCAUGUCAUUUCAGUGGUGAGUGGUCGACUGAGUUGUGCACGCGAGAAUUUUUGUUGACAUUGAAUUAUGAAAGAAGUAGUAGUACUUAAAUUAGAUCUAUGAGUGAUUAAGUAGUGAUAACUUUUAUAAGGCAUACACACUGCCAUAUGUAGAUGUAUAAGACAUACAACAAGGCUUCUAUAAUUAAAAGCAAAUAACGUUCCGAUCGAUCAAAGUGAAUUCAUCAUGUUUACCAGAUCUACUAUCAGUCUUUGUUGCCAAUAGUUGCAGUAGACCGUGGAGAUUUGUUGAACACUUUAUUGGAUUUUUACCUGAGAAGGGUGUGGCCAAAACAGUGAGUUGGUGUGUGUGAAUUAAAAGAUGUAUCCUUUCAAUAUAGAAGAUAAGCUACAAGUCAUCUAAUUAUAGUAUAUUAAGACCAUCAUGAGGUUUUCACUUCAAAAAUUGGUGUUGGCAAUAGCCAUGAUAGUGACAGUUCAAGUAGUUUUAUAUUUUUGGAAGCUAAAUAAGCCAAAACACACUAGAAAUGUUUUUAUUAUGCAACAGAAGUUAGAAGAAAAUGUUAUAGAAGAUGGUUCUUGUGAUUAUAAUAAAUGUAACCCCGUUAAAGAUGGGAUGUUGAAUGUUCAUUUAAUUCCUCACAGCCACGAUGACGUGGGCUGGUUAAAAACCGCUGAACAGUAUUUUACAGGAGAAAAAGCCAUGUCAAAUGGUAGAUCUCAACAUCCGGGUACGGAAUGUGUUCGAUGUGUGUUAAAUACAACUAUACCUCUUUUACUAGCUAACCCAGAAAGAAGAUUUAUAUUUAUUGAAAUGGCAUUUUUAUCUCGAUUUUGGGAUGAGAUUAAUGACGAAGUUAAACAAAAAAUAAAACAACUUAUUAAAGAUAGAAAAUUAGAAAUAGCUAUAGGAGGAUGGUGUAUGAGUGAUGCAGCUACAACAUUUUAUAAUGAUAUAAUAGAUCAACAUACACUGGGAUUUGAUUUUAUUGAUCAGCAUUUUGGUAAAUGUGGUCAGUCUAGGGUAGGAUGGCAUGUUGAUCAGUUUGGACAUUCCAGAGAACAUUCAUCCAUUUUUGCACAGAUGGGGUUUGAGGGUUUAAUAGUGGGUAGAAUAGAUUUUCAAGAUUAUACUGACAGGCAUGAACAUAAAAAGAUGGAAUUUUUAUGGAAAAGUAGUGCAAGUUUAGGCAGUAAAUCUUCUUUAUUUACACAUGUAUCAUAUGAUGGUUAUUAUGCUCCAAGAGAAUUACAAUUUGAAGGCCGCUCUGCCGGAACUGUUGAUGCUUCCGUCCAACGAUAUGUCGCAGAUAUGAUGAGAAUUGCCAAGGAAAGGGCUGCCGUGUUUAAAACAAAUCAUCUGAUGUUUCCGAUGGGAGCUGAUUUUGCCUAUAAGAAGGCAAAUGAAUGGUUUGCUAACAUGGAUGCCUUAAUAAAACAUACUAAUUUACGUCAAGCAGAUGGUUCUAAAAUUAACCUUCUCUACUCGACUCCGUCAUGUUAUCUUUAUCAUGUCAAUAAAGAAAAACAAACCUUUCCUACCAAAUCAGACGAUUUUUUCCCGUAUGCAAUUCCUCCCAAGGCUUACUGGACAGGUUAUUUUACCAGUCGUGCUGGACUCAAACUUCACGUUAAAAAAGCUGGGGCUAUGUUACAAACCUGUAAAGAGCUCAAUGUUUUCAAUAGACUGCCAAAUGCAUUUGAUAAAGUCAAUGUUUUAAAGAGAGCACAAGGAAUUUUGCAGCAUCACGAUGCAAUCACAGGUACAGAAAAGGAACAUGUUGCUAAUGAUUAUAAUCAUUUACUGAGUGAAGGUGAAGUACAGUGUCAGUCUGUGAUAGAUGAGGCUUAUAAAAUAAUGUUACCACAGACCAGUGUUAAACCACCACAACAAGAAUUUUGUUAUAAUCUGAAUAUAUCAGAAUGUUCAUCAACAGAAAACUCACAACAGUUUGUUGUGAACCUAUACAAUCCUUUAUCCCGUCAUGUGAAUUAUUGGGUACGUUUACCCGUCUCUUCUACAUCAUAUACAGUUACAGAUCCUAACUCUCAACAACUUAAACUAGAUAUACUUCCUGUUGAUGAUAAAACUAAAACCCUUCCUGGUAGAAAAUCUAAAGCAGAAUAUGAACUGGUGUUCCCGGCUAAAUUAUCUCCCCUAGGUUACGGUAGUUUCUAUGUCAAAAGUACUACAGAAGGAGAAAGGGCAAAACCCCUUAAAACUAUGAAUGGAGAAGAAUUUACUAUUCAAAAUGAGCAUAUAAAGGUUAGCUUUGGUACAGAUGGUAUACUCAAAUCAGUACAGAAUAUAAAAAAUGGUAUGGAAGUCAAAAUGGAACAAGAUUUUUAUUACUAUAUUGGUGAUAUGGGUAUGAGAGCAUCGGGCGCUUACGUCUUCAUUCCAAAAUUUAAAGAUCCCACUAAAGUGAGAGGACAGAAUCCUGUUAAAGUUGAAUUAUUCAAGGGAGAACAUGUACAAGAAAUACGUCAAGCAUUCAGCGACUGGGUUACACAGAUAAUACGACUUUAUGAUACAGCUAAAUAUGUGGAAUUAGAGUGGCAAGUUGGACCUAUACCUAACCAAGGUUAUGAAGGUCGAGAAGUUAUCUCACAUUUUAAAACAGAUAUAAAAUCGGAAGGCCAUUUCUACACAGAUUCAAAUGGUAGAGAAAUGCUGAAAAGAACGAGAGAUAAAAGAGAAACAUGGAAACUAGAUGUUAUAGAACCUGUUUCUGGUAAUUACUAUCCUAUUACAAGUAGAAUGUUUAUACAAGAUGAUAGUCGUGACACUAGAAUAACACUUAUGACUGACAGGUGUCAAGCUGGUGGCAGUAUACAAGAUGGCGCCAUGGAAUUAAUGGUACACAGACGACUGUUUAGAGAUGAUGGUUUAGGCGUGUCUGAAAAUCUGAAUGAACUAGAUGUAGAUAAUAAGGGUAUAACUUAUAAAGGUAAACAUUACCUAUUUGUCGACACUAAAGAAAACUCUGCCAAGAUGGCUCGUGAUAUGGCUCUAGAAUUACAUUUGCCUCCAACCCUGAGUUUUAUGCAAACUACCAAAAGUUACAGUGAAUGGACAAAUCUUUAUAAUACAAAGUGGUCUGGCUUACGUAAUGUUAUUCCACCUAAUUUACAUGUAUUAACAUUAGAUCAAACUAAAAAAGGUGAACGUGAAAUAUAUCUGUUAAGAAUAGAACAUUUAUAUGAAGUAAAUGAACAUAAAUUAUAUUCACAAUCAGCGUCAUUACAAUUAGAGAAUCUUUUUGAAUCUUUUGACAUAAUAGCUAUAAGUGAACUUAGUCUGGGUGCUAAUUUCAAGGCAAACGAAGUAAAACGUAUGCAAUGGAAAACCGAUGAUGGCUUAUUAACGCCAGAACAAAUAGGUUCAGAACAAAGUACUUUACAUCUGGAUGCACCUUUUAAUAUAAUUCUUCAACCAAUGGAGAUUCGUACAUUCCAUAUUCAGAUCUAUUCCAGAUCUUAACUCAAGCCCUGGCUACAUUACUUAAUAUUCUAUCUUUAGCAUUCCACGUGGCUGUUUUAGUCUUUGCUCAUUUUAUAUCUGUUUUUGUUUUUUGACAUCUUGAUAAACACUUGGAACGUACUUAUAUAGAAAUGCGUAACAUUUCUAGUCUCAUCAGUUUCAUGUUAUUUUAUCACAUCUAAUAAUAAUAGUAUUCCUCCGGUAUUAGUGGGUCCUGUGGUCCUGGGGAUAAAAGGAGGUGGGGGAGGGGCUGUAAACUAGGAUACAGUGGUAAACCAUCUACACUUUUAUAUAAGAGGCCUGUGUUAUAUAUAUAUAUAUUUUAGACUGUAAUACUCACAGAAACAAUGGUGUGUUUGAUUGAGCACUAGAGUCACAUAAAUAGAUUAUAUAUUUAUUAUAUACUUUAUUUAUAAAAUAGUAAAGGAAUGAAAUGGUGUUUAACGUCCUACUUUUCUGCACCGACUGGGCUUAUGAAGACAGGCAAUAUUAAGGGCACUUUCAUUUAGGUAAAAUAAAAUCUGAACAAGGGGGAUUGUCAUCUACAAUAUAAUCAAGACAUGAAGUUCAGUAAAAUCGACAAUUCUAUUUUGAUCCAGAUCAAAGAGGGCUAGCUAUUUUAAGAGGUUCUCUUUUGUUUUUCCAUUUUAUAUAAAGGGACAUAAUAAUGAUUAUGAAUUAUUGCAUUUAUUUGAGUUAAAUCUAUUCAGUAUUUACUGAGGCAUUUGUGGUUUGAAUCUGUUUGGCUUGCGCUCGUGCGUUUAAAGUCCCGAUGCAUCAUUUUAGCACUAUAGGAAUCACUUACAAUAUUGUGAAAGCAAUAUCAGUCCAAAAUGUUUCAAAUAAUCAGUUUAUCUCCGUGGAUCUUUUAAAGUUAAAGCCUAUGGGACUUGUGAGAGAAAUUGAGGGAAUCCGGUAGCUAAUUAAGUGACUCAGUUAAUUUUUGAAUGAUAAUGACCGUGCCUUAAAUGGAUAUUGAAUAUUUAAAUUCUAAUUAACAGAGGUCUGCUCACACAAAGGGUUAUUUGUCGUCGAUUUUCUCUCACCAACAGAUAAUCAUUGGUCAGCAGUCAAUUAAUUAUACAACCAUGGUUGUGCCAUGGUUACAGCGGAGAUUGUUUGCAAUCUGAUUAAAAUACAGAUCUAUAUUUCGUUUCGUUUUUUUUUUUAUACUUUCGAUGCCCUCUACCACAUUAAGAUCUUGCAAGUUGUAGUGAGAGAUCGCUUCAGGGGUUAUACGAGCGGCUUUUGACCCUAUGAGUCAGAAUUUGAUUAACCAGCGUUGAUGUUCCUAGUGGGACACCCACAGUUCCGUGCCUCGCACGCCAAGAACUCUCUGCUGCAGACCGUUUAUUUGGCUAAUCCCUCACAUCAACCAGAACGCGGGUUAUAUAACAACUCUUCCUGAUCCUAGUGUAGUAAAGACAAGUAAAACGAAAUAGGAUCUGUGUUUUAAUCAGAUUGAGAUUGUUUGUUGAAGCCGUUAUCGGGAAUCGGCGAAUAGAAAUCGUCUGUCGGCGACAAAUGGUGUUUUGUGUGCACAGAGCUUUAGGCAAUAGUAUAUAUUUUUGCAUUUUUCAUAAUCCGCCAUUAUUCGUUUCUAGUCGCGAUAGCUUAUAUACAUUAUUACUUUCUUAAGUAGCCAUAUGUUUUGUGCCUUAUGAUAAAAAGUAAACCUUCGUCACAAUGGGAUAGAAUAUGUCCAUGUUCUUUUUUGUCUUUUGUCAUAAUAUUUGAUUUUUUUAUUUUUGAGGAUAAAUUUAUACCUUUACGAUGUGUAUCAUACAUAAUAAAGUUCUAACGAUGUUACUUAACAAAAAA